AUGGACGACGCGUGGGCGAAAGCGCACUACCGCCUCGGGUGCGCGCUGACGGCGUACGGGGAGUACGCGCUCGCGGAGAGGUCGUUCGAAGCGGCGCGGAAGAUUGCGCCGGGGGACGCCGCGGUGCGAGAGCGGCUCGCCGCCGCAUCGGAGCUCGCGGCGGAUGAACGCGAACGCGCCGAGGCGCAGGUGUACGCGACGCGACGCGACCUCGCGCGACGGCUGAAGGACGCGAGGAACGCGGACAGGAAGGAGAUGAUGGAGACGGGGUGGAAGCAGCAGAUGCAAGGCCCGGACUGGGACGCGAGCGACUACGAGUGGCGCCCGACGUUCUUGCCGCUGAUGCGCGCGAGGAAGCUCGACGCGAAAAAGUUCUUGAGCGACCGACGCCGAGCCGGGAUGCUGCGAUUCGCCGCCGCCGUCGCGGAGCGAAUCGUAUCCGUCGCGAACGGCGCGUGCGGGGUGCUUCCCAUGAUGGCCGCGUCGGCGGGCGCGACGAGGGUGAUCGUCGUCGAGCGGAACCGCUUUUGUUACCGCGCGGCGAAGCAGUGCGUUCGGAGCAACAGAGAGAGGCUCGGCGACGCGUUCGAUCGAAUCACGCUGCUCGAUCAAAAGCUCGAGACGUGCCGCUUGAAAGGCGACGACGCGCCGCUCGAGCUCGACGAGACCGCCGGUGACGACGCCGGGGCGCUUCCGCCGCCGCCGCUCGCGACGAUCGACGCGCCUGCCGACGUCUUCCUCACCGACCUCUUCGAUCACAACGCCGGGCUCGGGCUCGGCGUCCUUCGCGCGAUCGACCACGCCAGGGACCGCGGCCUCGUGACCCCGGACGCGGUCUGCGUCCCGGGGUCGAUCACGGUGAAUGCGGCGCUGUUGAGCCUGCGGAUGGAGACCGUCUCCGGGUUCGACGUGAGCUCGCUGAACGCGUACCGGUGGCACCCGCAGGCGGCGCGUUUGCUCGAGCUCGCGCGGGAGCCGCAUUUGUUGUUAUCGGACGUCUUCGAGGUGACGCGCGUGGACCUGACGCGGCGGCUGAGGGAGAAGGAGAAGGAUAAGGAAGACGACGAGGAGGAGGAAGAGGAGGGGAAGAAGAAGAAGAACUCCGGCGGCGGGAAAGCGGCGUGGGAGGACGAUUUCGAGGUGCGCGUCCCGGUCGUCGCGGACGGCGCGUUCAACGCCGUCGCGUUUUGGUUCGAGUGCGACCUCGGCGGCGGCGAGGUCCUCCGCAGCGUCGCGCCGCCGUGGGGGGGCACCGGCACCGGCACCGUGGAAGGAGGAGGGGACGAUCAGGAACCUGCUGCGACGAAAAAACGGUCGGAUGAUACGCGUUACUUCGACGCGGACUCGUUCGGCGUCGCCGUGCAGUACCUCGACGAGACCUUCGUGGACGCCUCCGAGACCAUCUCUCUGCGCGUGCGAAGGGAUAAAGACCAGGUGUUCUUCACGUCCACGCCCCCGCCGACGCGCCCGCGGCACGCGCACAUCCCGCAGUGGCACUACGACAUGCUCCACGACGCCGGGCGGAACGAAGCGUACGACGCCGCGAUUAAGACGGCGGUGACGGCGACCAAACGUCGCCUCGGCGGUCGAUGCGAGGUGCUCGACUGCGGCAGCGGCAGCGGCCUCCUCUCGAUGAUGGCCGCGCGCGCGGGCGCGACGCACGUCACCGCGGCGGAGCGCGACGGGCACAUGACGGACGCGGGCGAGGAGAACGUCUGCGUGAACGGCUUCGCGGGCGUCAUCACGUGCGUGAACCGAGACACGCGGUACAUGUUCACGUCUCAGAGCCCGGGUUUGGAGCCAAAGUUUGGUCUCAAGCCGGACGGCGCCAAGCCGGAGAUGGAACGGCUCGCGGAUCUCAUGGUGUUCGAGGUCUUCGACAGCGGUCUCAUCGGCGAGGGCGUGUUGCACGCGCUCGCGUUCGCGCGGCAUCGGCUGCUGACGACGGACGCGGCGCUCGUGCCCGCGAGGGCGACGAUCUUCUGCCAGCCGAUCGAGAUGCGCUUCGGCGAGCUCUCCGUCGAACUCAACGUCGGCGACGGAGAGGGGAACGACGCCUCCGACGCUACGACUUUUUCGUCCGACACUAUGAGUACGACGACCAUGACGUACGACAUGUCGCAGGCGAACCGGUGGCGGUGGCGCAAAGACUACGAGGGCAUCAACCUCGAGCGCGAGAGGCACGCGAAGCGGUGGACGCCGCUCGCGCCCCCCGCAGAGGCGUUUUCGUUCGACUUCAAAGCCGUCACCGCGGAGACGCUGAGACCGGAGGCGAUGGACGUGACCUUUCAGAUCGACCGCCCGGGCGUGUUCAACGCGAUCGCGUUCUGGUUCGAACUCCAUCUGAACGACGACGUGCGCGUGAGCACGUCCCCGCACGACGGCACGAAAGGCCAGACGUGGCAGCAGGCGGUACAACAUCUCGAAGAGGUCGAGGUGACGCCGGGCGACGCGGUGCCGUUGAUCGCGACGCACGACACGUACGGCGUCGCGUUCGAGGUGAACGACGCGAAGUUCCCGGACCGCGCGACGCGACGCACGGGCGUGCCGCUGUACGACCCGACGUGGGCGGUCGCGCACGAGGGCAUCAAGAAGAUCACCGACGACAUCGCGAGGGCCAUCGUGCAGAGUCCGAUCGAGUACAGAGCGGCGGCGGAAGCCGCCGUCGCCGCGGGCGCGAGGCCCGGCGACCUCGGGCUCGAGACGGACGUCGGCGCGGAGUACUGCCUCAGGAUGAUGGCGUGA